AUGCAUUUCAACUACUUCGCCGUUUUGGUUGCUCUUGCAGGGGCAGCUCUUGCUGUUCCAGCACCUGGCCCGGCACCUGGUAGCCCAGAAAUUAUGAGACGUGCCGACGAUGCUCAGAAUAACAACCAGAACAAUGAGCAUUGGGGACCCGGCUGGGGUGGUGGCUGGGGCGGUGGUUGGCACGGUGGUGGUUGGGGGGUCCUGGAUGGGGAGGUGGCUGGAGAGGGUGGUGAGAAGGGACGCAACAAAGACGUCUAA